UCAUGCUAAAUUACCUUGAGAUUUCUACGAUGAGUCCAGUUCAGCUGAAGAUGCGUCUGAUUUUCUUCUCUGUGCUGCUGGUGUUGGGCUUUCCCUUCAUCAUGACUGAAGUCGUAGAUUCAUUCAGUAAAUGCAGUGGCUUUUUUUUUGAAGGAGAGCCUCCAGUGAUUAAGGACAUUCUGCUGGAAAAAACAUUUGAAUCGAAGGAAUUUUGUGCCUAUCAGGCUUGUAAAGAAGACUACUUAAACCAAAAUCAAUGGUCUCGUGGUCACAUACUUCCAAUGUCCUAUGCAGCUGAUGAAGACACUGCCAAAUCUACAUGCAUACUGACCAAUAUUGUGCCGCAGAAGGAAAGCUUUAAUUCCGGAAGCUGGAGUCGCAUGGAGCAAACUGUUCAAAAAGUAAUGGAUUCUAACUGCAGGGAUGAAAAAGACAGUAAUAAGAUCUUGGCCUAUGUGCUGACAGGAGCUGUACCAAGCCAAACUGAAACACUGAAUAAUAGAGUAAACAUUCCCUCACACAUGUGGACCGCGUUCUGCUGCUAUAACAGUAAGACCAAGAAAUGGGAGUCCCAAGCUCACUGGGCUGAAAACAUAGAUGAGAGCAAAAAUAAAGGCAAAACUAUCAGUAAGCAGAGUCUAACUAAGGUACAGGAUUUUCUAAAGAGCAAGUACGGAGACACCACACUGUUUAACGGUAAAUGUGUGGAUCUGUUAAAUGCAGAUGUAAGUCAGCCUCUAGAAGCAGAUAGUGAUGAUGACCAGCAAAAUGAUGAGGAGCGAUCAGUUUUGGCAUUUUUAAUGUCAAUUCCAGCAAAAGCUUGGGCAGGGUUAUGUUCUUUUUUAGGUAUAGGAGACUGAAUUUUUCUUUACUCUGGUUUAAUGGUUAAAUGAAAUAGUAGUAAUUAAAAGGCAUGUGUAAUUUAUUGAAAUCAUGAAACGUACACAAUUUAACCACAGUUUAUUACAAGUUUAACAAAAAACUAUAUUUUUAUGGCCCUAUUUUUUUUCUGUCAAAUUCCAUUUUAUUUUGAACAGAUUUUGUAUUUUUCGUUUUAAUUUUCUGGAUUCCAUUGUAAUUGUUUUAUCUAGUUUAAAAUCAUUUUAAUAGGAUAAUAAAAAGCAACUGUAAUUCGUUAAAAGCUUUAUUAUUAUUAUUAUUUUAUGUAUCUGUUUUUAUUUUUGAAAUACUGUGUUAUUUACUUCUUUUUUUUCGCUUCAUGGAAAUCAUAGGGUCCUAGUUAUGCAUGUCUAUUAAGUCAUGCACUGUUAAGCUUGUCUAAAUGUGAAGAUGGCAUGAAAUUACAACAGUAACAGAUUUCUGUUAUUAACACUGACAACUGUGUCUUUGACAGCUACUGUAUGUAACAAAAAACCAAACCAAUAAAUGCUUUCAAUCAUUCAAAUUGAUUCAAGCUUCUGAAAUGUAUCUGUUGAACUGAUGUCACGCCACUUUGAGUUUCUCAAGAUCACGCUAGGACGUUUAAUAUUAAUGUAAAAACAUAAGCUUUACUAGUGCUCAAUAGAACAGAAUAGUGCAUAAUGAAACAAAUUAAAUGUUAUUUCUUAAACUUGAUUGACUGUGCAGCUAAUCAGGUAUCUGUAUGCUGGUACAUGAACUAAAGAAUACAGACAUUCAUUUUCAUUGUAACGUAGUUUAAACAGGAUUUAUCAUAACAUAACUGUAUAACCAUAGACUGUAUAAAAACGGUUCUCAUCUAUUCCGAUCAGUUUCGGCUGAACUGAACCAGGUCUCAAGAAUCAAUCUCAUAAAACCUGAGACCAAAGAACAUUUACAGGUUAUAUUUUGCCCCAA